GCUGGCUCCGUUCAGCACUGAGUUGACUGACUCACAGCUAUCCAUUAGCCAGCAUGCCGCAGAGAAAGAGGAGUUUCACUUUUGGAGCCUAUGGAGGAGUGGAUAAAACUUUCUCCAAGGCAAGAAGCAUUUGGAAACAAGAUGGGAGUGACCCCCGAAUUUCUUCCACACUAGAGCCCCAGCUGUUCCAGCCUACGCUCCCAUACAGCACCUCGCCAUUCCACAAGACCACAGAUUUAUUUGAAAUGAUUGAAAAGAUGCAGGGCAACAGGAUGGAUGAGCAGAGAUGCACCUUUCCUCCCCCACUCAAGACUGAGGAGGACUAUAUUCCCUACCCAAGUGUCCAUGAGGUGUUAGGGAGAAAAAGCCCCUUUCCUCUCAUUCUCCUGCCACAGUUUGGAGGCUACUGGAUUGAGGGAACCAAUCAUGAGCUGAGUGACACAGUGGACGCAGAGCAGCUGCAGCCUUUGUCCCCAAACACACGCACCAAGCUGGAAUGUAACACAACAGCUACACUCUUCCGAAAACACUUCCUGGGCAAGGAACACUUUAAUUACUAUUCAGUAGACAGUGCCCUUGGACAUCUGGUGUUCUCUUUAAAGUACGAUGUGAUUGGUGACCAGGAACAUCUCCGACUAAUGCUCAGGACCAAACUGAAAACCUACCAUGAUGUAAUCCCCAUCUCCUGUCUGACAGAGUUUCCCAAUGUGGUCCAAAUGGCCAAGCUUGUCUGUGAAGAGGUCAACGUGGACCGCUUCUUUCCUGUCCUUUAUCCAAAAGCUUCAAGACUUAUUGUCACCUUUGAUGAACAAGUAAUAAGCAACAAUUUCAAGUUUGGAGUCAUUUAUCAAAAGUUUGGACAGACUUCAGAGGAAGAGCUAUUUGGAAACAGUGAAGAGAGUCCUGCCUUUGUAGAUUUCCUGGAGUUUCUAGGAGAGAAAAUUGAGCUGCACAACUUUAAAGGUUUUCGUGGAGGGUUAGAUGUGACUCACGGGCAGACUGGCACAGAGUCUGUCUACUGCAACUACCGCAACAAAGAGGUCAUGUUCCAUGUGUCCACAAAGCUGCCUUACACAGAGGGGGACACCCAGCAGUUGCAGAGAAAGAGGCACAUAGGGAAUGAUAUUGUGGCCAUCGUAUUCCAAGAAGAAAAUACUCCCUUUGUACCGGACAUGAUCGCCUCCAACUUUCUCCACGCCUACAUUGUGGUCCAGAUGGUCAACCCCUGCUCUGGUAACAUUCUCUAUAAGGUGUCAGUGACAGCACGGGAUGACGUACCUUUCUUUGGCCCGGCCCUCCCAAAUCCUCCUUUCUUUAGAAAAGGCCCUGAAUUCCAUGAUUUCCUUUUCACUAAGCUCAUCAAUGCAGAGUACGCCUGCUACAAAGCUGAGAAAUUUGCCAAAUUAGAGGAACGAACACGGUCAGCCUUGUUAGAGACGCUGUAUGAGGAGCUCCAUAUGAACAGCCAGGCCAUGAUGGGUGUUGGUGGAGAGGAUGACAAGCUGGAAAAUGGGAGUGGAGGAGGAGGGGGCUUCUUUGAGUCCUUCAAGCGGGUGAUCCGCAGCAGGAGCCAGUCUAUGGAUGCCAUGGGUCUUACUUUCAAGAAGCCGCACACAGUCUCCACUAGCCUCAGCGGAAGCUUUAACCACAACCCAGCAGAGAGCCCCAAAUUCCCAGGGAUAUCAUUGCUUGUCCCAGGCAAAAGUCCCAGUAAAUAUGGACGCCGAGGCAGUGCCAUAGGGAUAGGAACAGUAGAAGAGUCUUUGAUAAUCCCGGGGAAAAGCCCGACCAGGAAGAAGUCUGGUCCUUUCAGCUCCAGGCGAAGCAGUGCCAUCGGUAUUGAAAACAUUCAAGAAGUCCAGGAGAAGAGCAAAGAAAACUCCCCAAGCACUCAGAAGACCCCUGACAGCGGUCACGUCUCUCAAGACCCCAAAUCUGACAACUCGUCCAAUCAGAGCUCUCCUGAGGUUCUCACAACCACCAAGAACAGUUCUUGUCUCGGUGGCAGGGCCGCAUCCAUCCCCGAGGGUCAUGACCUCUCCCGCUCCUCCUCCAACGCUAGCAGCUUCGCCAGUGUGGUGGAGGAGAAUGAGACAGAGGCCACAGAGGACUAUGAUACAGGCAUGGAGAGUCUGUCAUCUGCCGGGACGCCACACAAGCGAGACUCCUUCACCUACAGCACUUGGCUCGAGGACAGCGUUAGCAGCACCAGUGCCACCAGUCGCAGUAGCUCCCCAGGGCCUGGUAAACCUGAACGAGGGAAGGGGACAGACAUCCGUAUCAAACUGGAACGACCACACGAUCAUCAGUCCUCAUCGAACUGUUAGCUCCACCCACCUGGUUGUAUCCUGGAUCUCCAUCUUCAGCAUUCCCAUAAGUCACAGUCCUUCUGGGAGAUGAGACAAGUGCGGGCGUUCGCCACGACCAAUGUGGAGGAGGAGGACGAUGAGCGAGAGCAGAAAAAGCAGGGAGAGUCUGGUCUGUCUGCUGCUCAGUGAAAGUCAGAGUGCGACGUAUCCAGAGACCUGGAGGACACUGGAGAAGAUGACGCACAAAGAGAGUCCAGCUUUUGCACAGUGUUGUUUCCUUCCACUCUUUUCUUUGCCUGUUUACACAUCUGUUGCCUAGUUGCUGUUGUUUUGUUUUUUUCUUCACCUGACCUUUGUUUCAAAAGCACACAUUUUAACUACAAAUUGAAUCUUUUUUAUUAGUAAAAUAUAUUACUUUGGUUUAGUUUGUGUUGUUGAAGCCUGGAUGUGCUGGCUAAACAGGGUAAAGACAGUGCCAUUGAUCUCUUUGUGAGAGGGAUUUUUGCUGUAGCAUAGAGAAGAUAAUUGCCUGGAUGGUUUUACCAAAUCAAUAAAGGUUUUGGCUCUAUAAAGAUCUCUAAUACACAAUACCAAAUAAUAGUUUUCUAACAGAAUGUCCAAUGUAAUAUAUAUAGAAUAUAGCAUUGUUCUGUUUAAUGUGAUUAUUUUAUGGGUAACGUCCAAAUAGAAGUAGUGAAGCUGCAGCAAAUUAUUUUCUGACAGUGGCUGCACUAUUUCCUCUACUGUCCAAAAUUUACAUAAUAGCAGAUUUCAAACCUGAAACUACAGGUCACCAUGAAGAUACAAAUGUAUAAAUAAAUCAAAUGAAAUGGCCUUAAAAUGUAAACAUGCAAUUUUUUUGUCCUUCAGAUCAUUUUACACCACUUCUUUUCCUUACAUGUUCUGCAUUCAAUUAUGGGACGGUAAUAUUAGAUCAGUUGUAAAACAGUGUUGGUCAGAAUCAUUUUUAAGCACCCCUGUUUCUGAAGAAGCUAUGGUGCAAUGCAGUUAUGCGUCAAUACUGUCUAUAUAGUCUAUUAAUGUAUGGAUAUAUCCACCAUUGACUGAUUUAACUGUUAAUUCUGUCUUGUCUGUUGAUGCAAUGACCAGUCUCUAUGUUGUUAUGAGUUGCUUUUUUCUGUCUAAUAUAUAUGUCUUUAUUUAUUGAUUUGGUUCCAGUCGGAGUGGCAUUUAUGGCGUGCAUCUGAUAUACUGUACCUCUGUGAUGACUACAUUCAGCAUCUUGUCAUAUGCUUGGACUGUACAUGUUGCUUUGGAGUAAAUUAUAAUGUUGUCAUCUGUAAAGCUCUGUCUUUUUCAGGGGUUGAAUCUCUUUGAGUGCAGUAAAUUUGCAAUGCAAUUAUGAUAAAACAGUGAAUAUUUAUUUGCUUUUAAGAUGAGAAAAUUACUCCAAAUACAACUACUGAUUUUGUAAAUAGAUAUUUAGUUGGAGUACAUAGUGUAUAAUAUGUAGGCCAUUGAUAUAAAAUGUGAUCGACCAACACCUUGAAGAACUGCCAAGUUAACAGUUUAUCAAUGUUUUAUUAUCUACUACCCUUACCUUUAAAUAUUAUUUUGAGAGAAUUUUGUAGAAAGAAAUUAUUUUAAAAGCUAUUCAGACUGUUCUGUAAAAGGGAAAAUCAUAUACAGUUCAUCCUGCUGAUCAUUUCAGUUGCCUUAUCAUCACACACGGAUGGUAGAUAGUGAAGGAGAUAGUUAACAGCCAGCAGGAUUAACAAUGAAAUGAAUGUUUUGUUGUUGUUGUUUUUAUUGUAAAUAAAUGCCCUGAGAACUUUA